CCUUGAGCAAAGCAGCGGUGAGAGAGAAUUGCCCAUUUUCCGCGCACCUGCUCCACAUCGAUUUCCGUUAUUUCCGAACCAGCAGGCUCGGCACCGGAACUGAGGUUCGGACUCCGUGCCUAAAUUUGUACUACGGACUACUAUUUCAUUGCAUUACCAAAAUUCCUUCCUGUUUGGAGAAGAAAAACUCACUGGAAGUUCGAUUACCGUCGGCGAGGUGUGUCAUAUCGGAAAUUGGUGACUCAGAUCCCGAUGGCCGAUCACGCCGGAGAGCCAGAAUCAGUCGUUGAAUCGGUGAUGGAGAAGAUCACGGAUACGUUUCACGGCCACGAUUCGUCGUCCGAUUCCGACAAUGAGAAGAAGUCGUCACCGGUGUCGUCUAUCAAAGCCAAGAUCUAUCGACUCUUCGGCAGAGAGACGCCUAUGCACAAGGUCUUGGGCGGCGGAAAACCUGCUGAUAUUCUCUUAUGGAGGGACAAGAAGGUUACUGCUGGCGUGCUUGGAGUUGCCACUGGAAUUUGGAUUCUUUUUGAAUUGCUUGAGUACCACUUGCUGACUCUAGUAUGCCACAUUUCAAUACUUGCUCUGGCCACUCUUUUUCUGUGGUCGAAUGCAUCUACCUUUGUCAACAAGUCUCCACCUAAAAUUCCAGAAUUUGGACUUUCUGAUGAUAUUGUCCUGGAUGUAGCCUCUGCCUUGAGAGUUGAAAUGAACAGAGCUUUUGCAAUCCUCCGGGAAAUUGCAUCUGGGAGAGAUUUGAAGAAAUUUCUUGCCGUGAUUGCUGGCUUGUGGUUUCUCUCAAUAUUGGGGAGCUGUUGCAACUUCCUGACAUUGUUAUACAUAUCCUUUGUUGUGUUGCAUACCGUGCCUGUGCUUUAUGAGAAAUAUGAGGACCAAGUUGACUCCUUUGCUGAGAAAGCAGAGAUGGAGAUCAAGAAGCAGUAUGCAGUGUUUAAUGUCAAGGUUUUAAGCAAGAUUCCCAAAGGGCCACUUAAAGACAAGAAGGUGGCUUAGAGCCACCAAUCCGGUGACAUUAGGUUGAGAUUGACAUGUUUUAGCAGUGUUUUCUUAACGAUUUGUCGACUGGUAGACUUAUUGCUCAUCUGUUAUGCUUUAUAUUCUACUUUGGGUUCACAAUUUAUAUGAAAAUAUGAUAUUGUCAAAGGAACUCCAAUUUUUUGAUAUCAUUUAUGCCAGACUUUCUGCACU